AGAGCGAUUCGAAAGACUCGCUCUCGCGGUACUUCAGUGUCAUACGCCGAUCUGUUUGAGCAGCGUAGUAUGAAGGCGAACACGCCUAUUAUCGUUGCACUUUACCUGCUGUAGUUUCCGCACAGUAGGGAUAUGAAACGGACACAAUGGCAACACAGUACACAGAUCUAGAGCUGGCCAUUAACACCCUGGUCACAAACUUCCACUCAGCAUCAUCCAGUAAUGCCGACACUCUUACGGCCCAGGAAUUCCAAAACAUGCUUUCUCAAGAGAUGCCCGACAUGGUGAAAACAGAGGGAGACCAGGGAGGGCUAAACAAACUCCUGAAGGACAUGGGUGUGGAGGAGGGGAAAAACGUCACAUUCAACAAUUUUUGGGGGCUGGUGAAUUCUUUAGCUACUUCUCAAUUCGGACUGCAGAGCAAAGAGAAGCAGGUGAAAUGUGUGAAAUGUAUUUUGCUCUGAGAUGACCAGUGCACGAAUAACCCUGAGCAAACAAGAUCAAACAACAUUGUGUCCACGACAGUCCUGACAAAAUAUGUCCAGUUUAUCUCCCGUUUACAGUCACACUCUGUAUAAUUGUACAUGUCACUUUGGUGUGUUGUUAUGGAGCUGCCUGAAUAAAUAGUACCCAACAGGCCGUUACAACAUAGACCACAAGUAAUCUCUACCAUCUGUGUAACCUGAGUCACACCUGCCUGGCAUGAUAAUGUAAGAUUUAAGUGGGUAAUUUAUUUCCUCAUUUGUUCUGGUGCUGUAGGUUUGUGUAUUGUGUCACGUUAAGCCUGCCCAAAUAUGUACUUUCAUUUUAUUAAAGAAAAAAAGAGGAACGUUUUAUGUGUUGAAUGUAACAACAAUGAUUACUCUGUUGUUUAUCAUUAUUAUUGAGCAACAUUUGUGUUCUGCUAAUUGGGAGUGUAAUAUUGUGGAUGAAUAAAGAGAUGCAUCACUGUAUAA